UGGAGCAAAAACACCAAAACGUCGGCGAGUGAAAGACCGAGGAGGAACUUGAAGAAAGAGAUGGCUCAGAUGGGAACCAGAGGACAACUUCUCGCUCUCUUGACAGUUCUGUGCUCGGCGCUGAUGUGUAAAGCCGUGGACAUCCCUGACCUGCUGGACCGGGCCUCCCAGCGCUCCGACAAGCUGCACUCACUCAGCAACAUGUUGGCCCUGGAGCUGGAGUCGGAUUUACCAACCAUAGGCCGCGUGACGAUGCCCCGUCCGGCCAUGUGCCACACCUCCUCUCUGUUGACACCCAACGACAAAGAGCAGGCUCUACAAGUGUCGGAGUCCACCCUGAUGUCCUUGGCACGCUCGCUGCUCAAAGCCUGGCAGUAUCCCGUGGGGGUCCUGUCCAACUCUGCAAACUCGCUGCCUCACCAAUCCAAGGGCAGCAUUUCCAACAAGCUCCAGGAGCUGCAGGAGCAUUCCAGGAACCUGGAGGAUGGUCUUGAUGUUCUGUCCGGCAAGAUGGGUCCCGCAGCGCAGAUCCUCUCCACGCUGCCCUACAGAGGAGGCAGCGAUCUGGGUCAGGACAAGAUGUCCAAACUAAUUAACUUUAAUUUCCUGCUGUCUUGUCUCCGCCGGGACUCCCACAAGAUCGACAGUUUCCUGAAAGUCCUGCGUUGCCGUGCAGCAAACAUGCAGCCCAAUCUGUGCUAAAGUCCCUUCCUGGGAGGAUUUUCUUAUCCUGCCUGCCAGAAAUCGAUUAGAACAUCACCUACAAGGUCUUAAAUGAGGUUUUAUUCUAAAGGCAACUGGAAGGCAUGAUAAGCUUUCAGAGGAGGGGGAAAAGGAGGAGAUAAAAGCUCAUCUGCAUUAUUUCUGUAGUUUUAGAAAAAAAUGGUUAGAAAUUAACAUUACAACUACCGCUGCUUCCAACAAUUAUGAUACUAAAAAGCAAUGAAAACUUUGAUUAAAGGGAACGGACUGAUAGAGACAGAGGGACAUUUUGGAUCAUGGCCUUCCGUAAUGAAGCACUUCUACUGAUCCAAAUGUUUCCUGGUCUGACACUGUGGGCCGGCUUCGGCGUGGUCAUCAGCUGAUACCUGUCUGACCGGAGUCACCGCUCCUCCUUUUGUCCGUCUUUUGAACAUCAUUCUCUCACAGUUAAGCGGCUAAAGACGCUUUGCAGCAGCAAGCAGGGAUGCAGGGCUUCUUCUUUUUCUUUUUCCUUCCAAAAUCCUUGAUCCAUGAACCGAUGCAGCGUUUGCACUUUAAAUCGAAUUAUACCUUAAAAGGCCUUUCAAUGGAAAUGUUUCCUUUAAAUCUGUUUAUCAAUAAAAAAUGGUUUCUUGCACAAUCA